AAAGUGAACCGCGCGCUGAUUUAAAAACAGUGAACCAACUGGUAAUCUUGUUUAUAUGUGACGCUGUUUACAAUAAAUUGUAAAAUAAAUUAAACAUGUCGAAAAAAGCACCAAGAGCGCUUCUAAAAGCUCACAUGAAAAAGAGAGCGGAUAUACGGAUCGGAAAGAACGCAGAUUUGAUGGUCCAGCUGAAUCUGCUGCUCGUCUUGCAUCGACUGGCGGAGGAGUCCAAAGUCAAGGCCUUUGAGGAAAAAACAGCCACUAUCAAAGUCCACCAUGUCAAAGCUGUCGCAAAGAAACUGCUGAAGAGUACCCGGGGAUGAGAUGGGACUGGGUUCUUUCUGUGUAAGACUGAAGCUGCACAGAGCCUCCAGUCUGACAGAGCACAGGUAUCCAGUGCUCUUCAGACCAAGGCGCUCUCACUGGGGCCAGAAUUCAUGAGUCAUGCCCAUGAGUCAACACACGCUUGCUAUUUCCCCUUAAACACAUGACCACCUUCAUCUUUUUAGAUUUUACUUUCUAAAUGUGUUGUCCCAACCUGAAAGAUAGCGCACCCAUACUCCCUCAGAGAUGAAUUCCCCGUGGAGGUCAAUUCAGCGUUCACUCUCCAUUACUGCUGACCUUUUGCUUUCGAGUGGUAUUGGGAAACAGCUGUGUAUAAACUUCAGGCCGUGAUGAAUGGUAUCAUGGAAGGAUAUCUACAGCCACACGUUUUCUAUCUGUAUUUGGGUUUUAUCAGUCUUAAAUAUGUCUUAAUAAACAAUUCGUAACACUUUA